CCCAUCGCUGGGCUUCAGUCACCGCUGCAGCUGGGACAGGAUAGAGCAGUCUCCCUGUGAACACCGGGCGGGCUUGGCUGAGCGCAGACAGACGGUCACACUACAGACUGCCGCCGCCAGAGUCACGGUACAGUGAGCUGGGAGCCAGGUGUCAGUAAUGGGAUCCUACUAACUGCAUGCGGGUCACGUGGCCGGUGUGUGUGUUUACAUGGGGGAUGUGUUGUCUGAAUGGUCUCCCUAACACCAGGCAUGGCUAAAGCUAUUCGCAUGCAAACUGUUGUUGUGAACUACGUUAACCGUGAUGCCCAGCCGUUGGGGUUGUUGGCUGAGCAUCAUGGGAUGUGUAGUCCAGAAAAGUGUUUUGUUGGUUUUUUUUAAAGCUCUAUCUAUGGGUCAAUAAAUUGUGCUGCUUGUUAGUGGAGGAAAGGAGAGUGUGCAGGAAGCUGGCUGUGAUUGAUUUCUAAAUAAAAUAUUUGUUCUGUUUUAGAGAAGGAAUAUAUUCAGAAUCAUGUGGGUUUCUGAUGGCUUUUUGUAGCACUGCUUUAGUGCAAUUUAAUAUAAAUAAUAUAAAGUCAUGCACAAUAUAAAUUACAGAAAGACUAGAGCAGGGAUGUCUUAAAUUAGUAUUUUCCAUGAACUUCCUACUCUUACACCCUUUUGGCCACCCUGUUCUAAAGUAUACUUUUUAUGAUAUAUGUGUAGCUGCCACCUUUUUAGCCUAGCUCAAAGGUGGCCAAAAGUAGACAUCCAUACAUUUUAGUUAAACAUAUUUAAAAAAAUAAAAAUAAAGUUGGGAAAACCUGCAUGUACUAUUCAGUCUUGUUAUGCUUAAUGCAUCCUGUUAACUCUCAAACUGAAAACUUUAUAAUGAUGAGAGGUUUACAACACAAAGUUGGGGAGGGAAAAGCAAAACCUUGAGUUAGAAAAUCUAUUUCUUUUGGAUAUUUUUAGCAUAAAGUUUGGCUGUUUUGCAAAUCUUCACAAUUCCCUGUUUGUCAUGCAUAAAAUAUUUCUUGGAAGCAAUUAAAAGUUGGUGAGUGCAGUGUGAAGGAACCUUCUGAUACUAUAAGCUGCAAUACUCACCUGUCUGCCCAAAUGUAUAAGAAAUCUAAAAUAAAUGGCAUCUAUAUUGAAUAGGCAUCCUGACUCACUACAAAUGGUAAAGCCAACAUUAUAUUCCUAAAGGUCCUUUCUAGAACAGCUGCUACACAUUUCUUUGAAAAGAGUCAGUGUAUUCUGCUGCAGUGUAGAGUAGGGAACAAUAUAUACAACGCGUGCAAAGUGUGAGUGUGUGUAUAUAUAGUGCACAGCUAGAUACCCAAAAAGAACAGGUGGUUAAGGGGGGGCUUACUGCGGGUGUGUCAGAAACAUACUUGAAUAAGAGACCUGAGUGAUCUUGAAAGCCAUGAUGGAGAUAUUCAUUAAGCUCUGAAACUGCUAAAUUUGGAUGUAAUCGUUGAAUUGGCUUUUUAAACCUGCAAACUGCAUCACUUUACAUUCAUCUUGACUGUAGUGAAGCCAACUCACUAUAAGCUGUGUACUGUGGGAAAGUUCGGUUUUGUAAAUAGUGCCAAGACGUCUGUGAUGUGUGCCAGGAAAAUGCUUAAUUCAGUCCAUCAUAAUCGUUACACCAUCCCUUCUAAAUCAUGUACCUAGGGAUACCCAGUUGUGCCAACAUCCGAGCCCCCAAAGUAUAGAUUUAAAAAGACACCUACCUCAGGACAACAUCUAUUUAUCUGCAUGAGGGAAAGUUGGGUUUUGUAUACAUUCCCAUACUGGCGUUUCUUAUUUUGCUUCUGUUAUAAACAUGGGCUAUUAGAAAGAUUUAAAAGCAGAUUGCGUUUUUGCAAGCAAAUGGUAAGGGAUACAUUAACUUUGUAGCACACUUUUUUUUUUUUAAUAUAUCUCUUUCCAGAUUACUUUAAUUCAUUUUCUAUUGCAUAUGUUAAACAAACUGUAACAAGCUGCAGAAUGUGUUGGUAGUCUAUAAAUUACAGUAAUCUGAGAAUAGUACAGACAUUUUCUGGAAUUAAUUUGAAAAAUGUAACCUCAAAGCACCCUGAGCCCACUCUCAUGUUCUUUUGUAAAAGUUGCUGCUACUAAAGACGGCCUACUACAGAUGUCCAUGAAGGCGCCUUAGUUUCCUGGUUGUCUCUUUUUAUAUACUGUGCAUUAGACAUGUGCACGAUGCAGAGACGAUACGGAAAACUGUGUCACUUUCCCAGAGAGAGAAAGAGAGCCGAGAUGCAGACUGCGCAGCAUGGCUUGCAGCUCAGCACAUUCUGAAACAGAGCCUGGUUCACUAAACAGUAAAUUGUGUUGUGUAUAAGUCUAAUAGCAGGUCUGGUAAGGAUGAUUUCUUGAUGGAACUUCUUGUCCUGGUAUGGGAGAGGUCUGUCUGCAGUGCUAUGCAGAUCUAGUAAAUAUUGCUCUGAGAGACAGUUAAAAAAAAAAAAAGUACUUUUUUUUUUUUUCCUUCCUCCUCUAUAUUUUUUUUAAUGCAUUGCUUAUAUAUAUUACAUUAACCAUAUAGGGUCACAUUCUACAUGGAUAAUCCCUUUAAACUGCCUGUAUUGCAGUGAAGUCCCUUAAACCGCAAUUGACAAAAUUGCAAAUUUACAUUUUGCAGCAAACGUUAUCUUUCUCUCGGCUGUAUAUUAGCCUGAAAUCCCUAGACAUUUCUCAUUUUGCCACUGACAAUCACAAGAGGCAUUACAAACAUGCAUGUGUUCCAGUAUUUUUGUUAUGCUAAUUAAUUGGAAUUUGGAGAUGAAGGGGGUAAGUAGAUGGUUGCAAAAAAAGCUAGGUAGCAUUCAAUGCAUUGGGUUAUAUCCUAUUAGCAAAAUGUGAACCGACUUUGAGAGAGAAGAUUUCUUUUAAAAUGAAAGACCUUUUAAAGGGACACCAAAACAAUUUUAGCUUAAAGGACCACUAUAGUGCCAGGAAAACAAACUUGUUUUCCUGGCACUACAGUGCCCUGAGGGUACCCUCACCCUCAGGGUCCCACUCCCGUCGGGAGAAAGGGGGUUAAACACUCGCCUUUCUCCAGAGCCUGGCUCCCUCGGUGCUGGGGACUCUCCUCCUUUCCUAUGGACGCUGGCGUCUUCUCACUGUGAAAAUCACAGUGAGAAGCGCGGAAGCGCCUCUAGCGGCUGUCAAUGAGACAGCCACUAGAGGCUGGAUUAACCCAUAUGAAAAUCACAGUGAGAAGCGCGGAAGAGCCUCUAGCGGCUGUAAAUGAGACAGCCACUAGAGGCUGGAUUAACCCACAGCAGGCAGGGUUAGUCCUAGAUGGACAUGGCACCCAGACCACUUCAUUGAGCUGAAGUGGUCUGGGUGCCUAUAGUGGUCCUUUAAUGAAGCAGUUUUGGUGUAUAGAUCAUACCUCUGAAGUUUCACAGCUCAGUUAUCUGUCAUUUAGAAGUGAAUUUUUGUUUGUUUGUUUAUGCAGCCCUAGACACAGCUCCCCUGGCUGUGACUGACAAAGCCUGCUGUGAAAAAAAAAUGGUUUCACUUUCAAUCAGAUGUAACUUAUUUUAAAAGUCUUCAUCUCCUGCUCUGUAAAUUGAACUUUAAUUAUAUACAGGUGGCUCACGCAGGGUCCAGCAAACUAUUAACAGAGCAGGAGAUAAGAAAUUCUAAAUUAAACAGAAUUUGCCCUAAAUGAAGUAUAAAAAUUAGAUGACUUUUUACAGGAAGUGUUUAUGAAAGCUGUGUAUGUCACAUGCAGAGAGGGUUGAUAGGGCUACAUAAACAAAGUGAUUUAACUCCCAAAUGGCAAAGAAUUGAGCAGUGAGACUGUAGGAGCAUGAUCUAUACACCAAAAUUGCUUCAAUAAGCUAAACUUGUUUUGGUGACUAGUGCCCCUUUAACGUAACUUAAUUUUUACAUAACUAUUUAGAUUGUGAUUGAGUUUUCCUGUAAGAAAAUGAUUCACUGAUUCAUAGUACAGUGUAAAAAAAAUAAUAUAUAUAUAUAUAAAUUUUUAAUCUUUUCUGUCUAUAGCUUCAUGACUUAUAGUAUGUUCAUGUGUUUUGAUGUGGUUGCAAGAACAGUUGUCCAUUUAUUUUAUUGAACCUCAAAAAUUUGUGAAUGUUUUUCAGAUGCUGUGUUCUUGAGACAACAGAAUGAUUUACUAGAUUGCUUCUUUUGGCACCGCAGACCAGGUGAAAGUGCAGAGAAGAUGGCAAGCCCUUUUGUACCUGUUCCUUUACCAAUGGGGAAUUCGUCUUCAAGCAGCAUAGUAAAUAGGAAGCAACGGAGGUGUUCCCUUGGUAGCAACUCUACUAGUUCAAACUCGUCCAAGGAGCCACCUGAAGAUCCCAAGCCUACAAGUUACAAGAAGCUAAGUGUGCCUGAUCAAGCAAGUUGCUCAUCUUCUGUGUGCAGCAGCCCUCUAAUAAGGACUAAAUUUGACUCUUCAGUAGAAUAUAAUGCACGGCCAGCAACGGAUGGUCCUACUUCUGAUCUACUGGAGCUGGAUGAUAGACCCUCUACACCAACCAUUCUAGGAUAUGAAGUGAUGGAAGAGAGGGCAAAGUUUACGGUGCGUUUUCAAAAUUUGCUAUUUUUAUUUAAGCUUUAGUGUCAUUUUCUUUCUUUUUUUUCUUUUUUUUUUCUUCAUUAUCGUUCCAGAGCCAGCUAGCCAGCCUUAUUUCUGAAAUGUGUAAUAAGAUUUUAAAUGAAUGCUUUAAACGUCUGUCUUCAUAUAGUGAAUUAAGGUGUCGGAUAAAUCUUCACUCUCCCCACAAAAAAGUAUUAAUAUAAAAAGUUUUGUUGAAUUUUUAAAUUGCAGCUAUACAGUAAUUUGUAACUUGAUUCUUACAAAAGGUACACUCAAAGCAGCAUACUCAUUACAGGUUAUUGUACUGGUUAUUGUAUUUGAAAGCUGUGGGUGUAGUUCCUCAGGGCUUCACCACUAGGGAGCCUGGGUCAAGUCAGUGUCUCAGAAUGCCUUAACAGUAAUUUGGCUGAACCUCAUGCAGUAGCUGUGAAUGUUGGGAAUUUUAGUACACAAUAGUUCUAUAUAUCAAGUCACCAUCUUAAUGUGCACUCACGUCUUUCUUAAAACAGAAAUUGUGCUAGUUUUAAUGUUUGUGCUAACAAGGAAGCAUUACCUUGGAGCAUUAAUGGGUGCCUGUGAUUGUCUGAGAGUGUCAGCUGACUGCUAUUAUCCUUUCACGGUACACAUUGCUGGUAUGAAUUGGUAUGGCUAGAAGGAAGUGUGUAAUAUUUGCCUGAGCCAUACAUCCCAUACAUUCAGUAGGUCAUCCAGUCAAUGUGAAACUGUUUGGAAAUGGUUUAACACUGAAUGGAGCGACAGUGCCAGUGGACUCCUGGCACUAUAACUGUCCAAUGAGAUUAAAUGGUUAUAGUGUCAACAGUGUUACCUUUUAGGUGUAUUUAAUCAUUAUUGUUUUAAUUAAUCGUAAUCUACAAAGAACAAAAACACUAAAGUUAUUACUUUGUUUUAUUAAAUUGACUCUUAAGACCCCUAAAGCACUCUCCGAACCACUAAAAUACUUGCUGAAGCUCCUUGUAUGUGAAGAAUUUAUAGACAAAAGUGGCGAUUUCAACAGAAAAUAGCACUUUUAUAUAUUCCCCUUGUUACACCUCUGGCUGUCAGACAACUGGUCCUGUCAACUUCCUGGUAAUUAGCUCAGUGAUUCUAAACUCAAGAGGCAGGCAGUUGUCCAGAGUGCCUAUUUUGCAAAAACUUCUCAUUGAGCUGCAUUGUGAAGUCUGUGAUUGGACAGCCACAGAAAGUGGAAGUUGGGUUAAAAGGGGGGCGCUUUCAAAGGCUUUAGACAAGAUCUCUGCAGCUUUUGCAAGCUGAUUUCCCAUAUACAUCAAAUAAAAAAAUAGGACCAAUUGUAUGCAAAUCUCUACUAAACAGUGAUUUUUGUUUAUAUAUUUGAACAGUGGAGUGUCCCUUUUAAGGGGGCUCAGAAUCUACUCUCAGAAUGUUUGAUGAGCAAUAAUAAAAGUAAAUUCAUGUAGCAGUAUUUAUCGGCAACAAAUUUCUAAAAAGAGAGAAUAGAACAUCUAUUUUUAUUUUUUUAUUUAUUUUUAUAAAGGAAUGGGAUUUCUUCCGAAUAUCUGACAUUUUACCUUCCUGUUUAAAGCUGAAAGACUCUUUGUGCAUAGGUAUUUAGUAGUGUACUAUGUUGGUUUUUUUGGGGGGGGAGGGAGGUUGUUGUUUUUUACCCUUUGAUUUGUGAAAUUAUUGCAAUGACUGCACCCUUGUCCUAGAAAAAGAACUUUUUAAAUGGGCCCAUUUAAAGCACUGACACCCACAUUAGAAAAUAUUUUUUUUGUGUAAGUGUAAUUUCCAUAGUAGUGAUAUGCUAUAUGAGGGUCUGAUCUGCAAGCACCUGGUGGAAUCUUAGUUUGUGUCUAACCGCUUGAACCAGAGGACAGCCCAAGGGGCAUGCUCGGACUACAGCUUGUAGGAGAUCAUAUGGUCGUUAGUUGGCUCCUUUGGUAUUGUGAAGUUAACAGAAGCAUCUUUGUGUGAGCUGUUCUGCUCAUCCCUGUGACCCUUUAAGUGUCAUUUAUAUAUAUUAUUAUUUUAAAAAGACAUUUUGUAAAAGCAAAAUAAGUUUUCUUUACCAGGCAGGAUGUAUACUCUCAGCCUCUUAUAAUCAAGUAUGCCCUUGGUAUGUGUGAAAUGACAAUAGUUACCCUUAAAACUAUAUUUGUUUACAGUUACAAGGUUACAUACUUAAAACAAACACAAUGUUGGCAAUUGUUGCACAUUUUUAUUUGGUUGAUACAUAGAGACUGAUCUUUUCAAAUAAUUGAGUUUACUGGAUCUUAUUACAUUUCUGGAAGAUUUGUUUUGUAAAACACUUAACAUAUUGUGUGAAUAUAUAGGCUGAAACAAAAUGUCAGCAAGAGGGGGGGAAAAAAACAAUAAAUCCCACAAUGGUGUGUCUGUCUUCCUAUCUAUAUUAUACAUACAUAUUAAAAUCCUUCUGUCACACACCUACACAUAGACAUCAUAGAAUGCAGUUUUGCAGCUACUCCCAGUACUCUCAUCCUACACUUAUAAACGCUUAAUAAUCACUUGUUUGUCUCAUUCGUUCAUUUUACCUCAUAUUUUUCAUACCUCCCCCUCCUGAAUGAAAUGUAUGGAUGUGAAUUGGUGGCAUGUUUUAUGACAUAUGCAUAAUCAGUGAUUUCUACUUGCGAUUUUGUUGUGCAAUCUGAUACUUUUAUAGUGACAUUUAAACUGGUACUGUUUGUGAGCAAAUUAUACACUUGUGGGCGAAAGAGUGGUACCAGCCCCAACCCCCCACCCACCCUAUAAAAGUUUAAACCUCACCUUAUUUCCAGUGCUGCGCGGGUCCACCUGGGCUGGCUCUGCCACCCUUAAUGAAAUCAUCAAAAUGGCAGAUUUUUUGCCAACCCAAUGCUUUUCCAUAGGGAAAACAUUGGAUUGGCUAAAAUUGGCACUGGGGCGGGGCCAAAUGCUGUUUUUGCCAAUCAGGACCUCCUCAUAGAUAUACAUUGAAUCAAUGCAUCUCUAUGAGGAAAAUUCAGCGUCUCCAUGUGCAGCCCUGAGCCAGGAAGCCCCUUCAGUGGCCACUUGGAGGUGUCCCUAGGGGCAAUGUAAACACUGCCUGAAAAGGCAGUGUUUACAUGAAAAUGCCUAAAGGGAGCUAUUAUACUCACCAGAACAACUACAUUAAGCUGUAGUCGUUCUGGUGACUAAAGUGUCCCUUUAAGGUGUAAUAGAAAGGAAGAAGUAUAAAUACUUGUAUUUGUAUCCAGUUCUUCCUAUAACUUUCUUAAAUUGGUUAUGGUUGCAAGUUCACACUUGAUCUAGAUAAUUACGUGGUGUCCAAUGCUGAUAUGAAUCUCUUCUAGGAAUGAUAUGGUCAACUUCAUAUUUUUGGUGAUAUUUUAUCAUUAUGACAUCCAGAUAUUUGGUUGUCUAGCCACAUACCUGGAACUCUGUAGAGAUUAAAUUGUAGUUUUAGUUUAAUUAACCUGGGUUUUAUAAAUUAACCGGGGAUUGCUUAGUUUUAAAGAGGUACUGCAAGUACAAGCAUAGCUUUAAUGUAUUUUAUAGCUUCCAUAAGGAUUCUUGCACGGAAUUGCUGGGAAUUCAACGUUAAUUUCAAAUAUAACACAAAAAAAAAACAAAAUGGAAAAGUUAAGGACACAACUUCUGGAAUAAAAUGGAAUCAUGACGGAAUAUUUCAGUCAUUUGUCCUUAAGGGGUUAACAACCCUGUUAAUGUUGUGGUUCUCCAAAACUUUUUCGGAAUUUGAAACCAGAAGGAAGGAGCUUCACCUUCCAAAAUUCGAUGGUCUAGCCUUUAUACCCAUGAAGUCAGACUAAGGUCAAAAUAGUUGAAAUGGAAACAUUCUCUUAGUCUGCUGUGCUUUCAGUUCAUUUAGUCUGGCCUUAAAUUUUAUAUUCACGUUGAAUCUUUGAUUUCUCUAUUCAAUUGAUAAACCAGUUUUUAUAUAUACGUGUAUGUGUGUAUGUAUGUAUUAUUGUGUUCCCUUCAACCAAGAUAAUGUAUUUUAUGACUACGAACAUGUAAAUAAUGCAAUAAAUGGACACAGAGAAUCCUGACCAAUUGAAACCUUUUCUUUCAAACUUGCAGAGUUCUUCUGUUUUCUUUGAUGUUUUGCCACAGCACAUUGCUAACUAUUGGGGAGAAACCUGUUGAUUGAUUAACCAUGAAUCUGUGAUAUAUCUCAUUUACCUCUGACAGGUUUACAAGGUCUUUGUUAAAAAAAGCCCAGAGGAGAGUUGGGUUGUGUUCAGAAGGUAUACAGAUUUUUCAAGGCUUAAUGAUAAGGUAAGGAAAAAUACCUGCCAAAUAACUUAUUUAAAUGGGUGUUUUUUGUUGUUUUUUUUUCAAUGUGACUCAGCAUUUUUUUUUUAAAUUGUAGUUUGAUUGUUUGGCAUUGCCAUCGUUGCAGUGGUAUGUGUUAUCUCUAUCCAUACAUUGCUCCAUGUAUAGGGCAAUUCACUAAAGUAAAAUAACUGAAUUAGAAAAAGUCAAUCGUGUUUUUUUCCUAGUAUAUAGUGGCAGUACCUAUAGGAUGUACUUUCUUAUGCUGGACAAUUAAUCCUGCAAUAAAAUGCUAAACAAUUAACUCAUUUCCCUCAUACCUUAAAAUGCAGAUUCCCAAAGCACUACCUCAGCUCUGUAUUGUUCCUCAAUCGAGACGGACGACUAACCCUUUCCUUCCUUAUGUAGGUGAAGCACACGGAUUGGUGCUUGGGGGAGUCUGAUAGCUCCCCGGGUGGCGAGCUGCAUCACACAGACCUCCUAAUCCUUCAGGGUUAUGGGAUGCUGAAACAGGUUCUGGUUUUAUGGCCUAUGUUCUGGUGGAAUUCAAGGUAGAAGGUCCCAGGUGGUGCACCAGUCGGGAAGCAGACCUGGAGUCCACGCACAGUGGUGGAAGGCACUUCUGGGUGGCUUUGUCUUCCAAUCACGGUAUUGAGCAAGAGCGGCAGAAAUUUUAGCUUUUGGCGCAAGAUUUUAAUUUGCGCUGUGCCUAUUUAUGAUGUGCUGGCCUCUCUAGCAGCAAAGGUACUUGUCAGAACAAGUCCACAGGGUCUCAAGAACCCAAAUGGACAAAUUGGCAGAGAUUUCCUGGAAGAGAAUUUACAAAAUGGCAGGAUUUCAGUGUAAAGCAUAUAUGGCUGGGGCAUCAGUUGCCAACGCUCAGAAUAUUUAGUUACAAUCAUUGGAAGAUUGUAUUUUGGAAGGAUUAGAGAAAGAAUUAGUCCAUCUGCUUAAAAACAUCUGGCUGGUGAAUAAAGUGUUGGAUAUAUCUGAGGAAGUAUUCAAACUGUCCACUUGGGGGAUUGUCCUCAGUCGCCAGAAGGGCGAUGCGGCAUCCAAAUCUGUCCUGUGCGAAUUGCCGUUUGAAAGAAGCAAACUGUUUAGUGCUCCUUUUUAGAAACUCGUAAUACAAAUGUCUGAGACCAAAAAGGCCCUUUCUCAGUAAAGAUAUAAAUGGAAUAGAAGAUUCCCAUCCUGAAGUCCAAGAUUUUUCAAUAUAACGACUGAUCUCGCAACUUUCGUAAGCAGAACCGGGAUUCGAGGUUCAGUGAUAAACAAAGAAACAGACAGACAGAAUAAGAGGAGAAAGUUGUGACGCCAGAAAAGUGGAAGGAAGAUUGCAAUAGUUCAGUCAUGUGUGGGAGCUUACGACAUAAAAUCUGUGGGUAUUAAGUACAGAGACUGAUACAAAAUCCAAGUUCUUUGAAAAACCUGCUCCAAAUUUCCUUUGUUCCUUUGUUCUCCCCAUCCAUCUCAAGUAAAACAAGAUGCUCUAUCAGAAUCGUUAAUUCUUCUACAAAAAGGAGUGUUGGAGAAGGUCCCAAAGCAACAAAAGUUCCAAGGGAUGUACUUGACUUUUUCUGGUUCCGUAACAAGACCUAUCAUUUCCACUCAUCGUGGAUCUAAAAAUGGUGAACAGAGUCAUCCAGUAUCAAAGGUUUCAAAUGGAGACCAUUUUUUCUGUCACCGGUAUGUUACAAAAAGGAGACUAUAUGACAACUUUGGAUUUAAAAGACACUAUCUACAUGUACCCAUGGUGGGUUCGGGACAAGGUGUUAUUUAAGAUCCGCAAUCAUCAAGUGAAGGGAGAGGAAUUUACCUUUCCAAUUCAAGUCCCUUCCUUUUGGCCUGGCUUCAGUGCUAACGAUUUCUAAAAGCCUUUCACUUAAUCUUCCUUCUCAGAAGAUAAAGAGAAUCAAGAAGGAAGUUUCUUCUAUACCAAAGGAGGCAACAUGUCCCAUCAGGUCAGCCAUGAGUACAAUGGGUAUUCUCACUUCCUCCAAUCAUGCAGCGCAGUGGGGAAAAGCAUGGAUGAUGCCAUUACAAUGGGAAAUCUUGACGAAUUGGUCAGAACAGGAAGAAGACUUAGAAACCGAAUUCAGCCUGUCAACAAAAGUUUGGAAGCUACCUGUGGUGGAUUAACUCAAAGUUGCUGUCCCUAGGCUUAUCCUUCUGGCAAAGGGAGUGGCUCACAAUCACAACAGAUGCCUCAAAGUUUAGUUGGGGAAAACACAUCUACAGCAGGGCAUUUGGUACACAAAGGAGGCAUAUCAGUCCUCCAAUUACAAAGAGAGGAAGGUUAUCUUACUGCUUUCAAGCCAUGGAUUAUGCAAUAUUUUGCCUUCUAGACAUCAAAUGAGCUCUAGAAAUGUAUCUCAAAUGCUCAUCUAGCUUCCGAUCACGUGAAUGUGAAUUUUUUUCAGGGAACAUAUUUAGGCAAAGAACCGAAACCUACUAUUGCCAGAUGAUUGACUGAUACGAUUAAGUUUGUAUGCAAGGUCAUUAGUCUAAUGUUACCUCUGCCAGUGAAAGCGCACUCCAUCAGAGCUAUUGCAACAUAUUUGCAAAGCAGCAAUGUGGUUUCUUUUAAUACCUUUAUCAGACAUUACAGGUUAGACUUCUUUUCUUCCUCAGAAGCUGCUCCAGACUGUCGUAAUUUGAUUCACCGACAUUUUUCAGGAUCUUACUAUAUCCCAUAGGUACUGCCACUAUAUGCUAGGAAACACAAAAAUUUUACUUGCUAUAAAUUCUUUUUUCCUUAGUUUAGUGACAGUACAGAAUGCCCUCCCAAUUUUUUUGUAUUAAAGUUAGAUAUUUUUGCAGCAUUUGGCUUCUUUGUGAUUUCUUGUUAAAACUGAGGCAGCUCUCUUGGUAUGAAGUUAUUUAACUGUUUUAAGUUUAUUUUUAAGGUUACUUUUCGAGCAUAAAGUACAUCCCAUAGGUACUGUCACUAUACUAAGGGAAAAAAGAAUUUAGGUGAUUUUAAACCUUAAAAAUAAUUUUAAAAGAAUUUACUGUAAGUAAAAAUUUCUGUUUUCAUUUUGGCUAUUGGAGCCUUAAAUUGUGAAAUUCACUUUAAAUCCCUGGCAACUCUCACUUUUUUUUUUAAUAACCCUGUGUAGUGUUUUUGAUGAAUGAGGGAAUUUGGAAUACUUUGGAGUACACUGUCCUCUGUUUUGCAUGCUCUAGAAACCACUAGAAAUACACUAGAAAAUAUGGCCAGAGUAAACCAGAGGCAUCUACACACCAUUAGUUGGAGAUAAAUGUGUAGGAAUGUGCCCAUUGGUUUGAUAAUUUUUUUUUAAUCUAAGUUGAAUAGGUGACUUCUUGCCAUUUUAGGUUAUAGUCCCACAGACAGGUAUAUAGUAGCUUAUGUUAAAGGAACACUCCAGGGUCAGGAACACAAACGUAUUCCUCACCCGAUAGUUUUGAAAACACCAUCUACCCCCCCCCCCCCUUGCUCUCCCUAAAUAUAGUAUAAUCUUACCUCUUAAGUCUGCUGCUGCUGGCCCUGAUCUGCCUGCUUGACUGACAUCAGAUGUGUUGCUCAAUACCAAUCACAAUGCUUUCCCAUAGGAAAGCAUUGGAUUGGCCGAGAUACAAUAAGCUAUAGUUGUUCUGGUGACUAUAGUGUCCCUUUUAAUUAUUUUAUAAUAGGUCGAAUUUGCAGUCCUUGCACUGGAAUAACUUGCUCAAGUUUAAUAAUUUCAGCAGAUUGUAGCAGUUAUGAGCCAAAAUCAGAAAGAACACAGGGACAUGGUGAAUACAUAUGUUACAAAGCGUUAACUGUUAAAUAUUGUGCCUGCUUAGAACCAUGAAAUUGAGCUGGUGUUUUCAGUUGUGAUAACCGUUUAAAGUAAUACGAGAACAUAAUACUUGAUCUGUGAAAUUCCUUUUAUUACACUCCUUUCCAUGGUGAUUUUUUUUUUCUCUUGGUUUUAUUUUUAAUGCAACUAAUGCUAUCAGUUAUGCUAUUUCACUCCCAGGUGAAAUUGCAUAGGUAACACUCCCACGGCUGUAAUUUUAUAACCCAGGCUUUUAAAAUUUGUUUUGUUUUUGUUUUUUUCUAAAUCGUCAAGGUAAUUAAUUUUUCAUUAUUUCGCUACAACAACACUGACAGCCAGAGUGAUUGGCUGAAAACAUACUUUUCUGUUCUAAGUCAGUCAAAUCAGAUCAUCAUGUUUUGGCCACUUUAGCGGUAGCACACAACCUCAUAGAAUUCAUAUUUAUCGUAUCACAUCUAGUCAGCUGGUUAAGAAACUUCACUGUGCACUGUAGCAUGUUAAAGCGUCCAUUAUGCAAAUUAGUCAUAGCAGUCCUUUGUAGAUAUUUACUUGGCAGGGAUAGAUUGUACUAGCAAUUGUAUAAACAUUGUUUUUUUUUCUCCUUUGCAUUUUUUUAAAUUUAUUUAACUUAAACCUUUUUGGCAUUGGGAAAAGUAAGAACUGAUGGGUAUGUGUUGUAGGAAAAGUCAAAAUUCAAUGCAAAUCAUAAAAGAAUCACUUUGCAUAGUUAUAAAAAAAAAAAAAGUAAAAGCACAUCUGUAGCAUAGCAUAUUUUGAAAUAAAACACCUAGAUUACUAGUAUGUACUCCAGAAACAAAAGGCUGUUCUGAAGUGGUCUGAACCAGAAUUACAUUAAUUUAUUUUCACCCAAUCUCUUUUUAGUUGUAGCCAUGUGAUUUCUGUGAGAUUCUAUCACACGACAAACUGACUCCCUAAGGCUUAAAAUAGAUUUUCUACCUGAAAUAAAAUGUUGUUAUUCACAAUUUAGUUCAGUUUAGAGUUGCAAAACCAAACAUCUGUCGUGUACGUAAAGGAUUAAUGAAUGUAGUCACCAUAUUGCUCUUGCAUAGUACUAGUUAGGUUAGUAAAUCUACUUCUACGUGUAUAGAGUGAAAUAUUUUAUCCUAUCAUGCAAUGUUGGCCAAAAAUAACUUUGAACUGAAGUAGUAUUUCUUUCUUUCUCUUGUCCUUCUGUUAGCUUAAAGAGAUGUUUCCAGGUUUCAGACUUGCUCUGCCUCCCAAGCGGUGGUUUAAGGAUAAUUAUAACUACGACUUCCUGGAAGAUAGACAGUUGGGUCUGCAAGCGUUCCUACAGAACCUAGUGGCUCACAAGGACAUUGCACACUGGUAAAAUGAACUAUUGUUGCAGUAAUUUGUUCUCAUGUGGUCAGUGUUCUUAGUUACUUGUUUACCAGCAAAUGUCCAAGUGAGAUCAUCAUUAUUUUGGGUACAAAUUAUAUUGUAAGAUUAUUUUAAGUGAUCUGUGGUAUUGCAUGAUACAUUGCCUUUUCAGAGUUCAUGUCAGCAUUUUAUUUUAUUUUUUGCAGUCUUAAAUGGACACUGUAGUCCUCAGAAGUAACUGGCAUAGCAAGCAGGGAUAGGAGGGAGCUUUAAAAAUCGCUUAUUUACAAAUACUUAUUUACUAAUAAGUGUUACUUUAGUAUUGGUAAAGUUGGCUGAAAGACCAGUGUUGUUGGAAUUACGGGCUUAUCUACUAAGCCAGGGCUCGACAAAUCCCAAACGCCAUGGCAACCAGGAAUCUAGUCCUGGAGCCAAGGCGGUUAGAUGGCCAGCUGCGCAUUCUUUAAACUGACGAUGAGGUUGCUGUGAUCUCUCCCCGCUUUGCGUCACUCCAACCCUAGCAUCACUAAGUGGUGCGCAAGGGAGUGGAGCACAGCUCCAUCACUGCCAGCCUACAGAACGUGCAGUAGCUUGCCCGCCCCCACUGUACCCAAGCCAGCUGCCCAAUUGAUCACAGGGAAAAUGGAUCCAUUCCAGCUUUCCCAAAGCUAGGCAGGCUGGGUGGAAUAGAAUUGCAUUAAAAUAUAUAAUAAUGUGAGUUUGUGUGUGUCUGUCAGUGUGUGUAUGUGUUUGUUUAAGUGACCAUGCCCCCCCUCAAAUCAUGUGGGAAUAGUGUUUAUACUCCUCUUUCUUUUCUAUGCCGUAUCUGUCUCCCCACGGGUGGACCCGCUUCUAUGGCUGAGAUAAUCGCGCUUGCUGAUCUCUGCCAAUCCAAUGCUUUCUUAUAGAGAAGCACUAAGAAGUUAUUGCGUAUGCGCUGUAAAACACUGACCCAAUCAGCAUCUAAUCACAGAGAUGCAUUAAAUCAAUGCAUCUUUAUGGGGAAGGUUCUGCACCGCCAUGCAGUGCGUGGAGGCACUAAAUGUAGGUGCUGCAUUCUGUGCAACACUGAGAUAGGAAGCACUUUGGUGGCUGUCUAAAUGACUGCCUCUAGAGGUAUCUCUAGGCAGCAAUGUAAACACUGCCUUUUCUCUGAAAAGUCAGUGUUUACAUUGAAAAGCAUGCAGGGAAAGGCUAUAGACACUAGAACCACUACAUUAAGCUGUAGUGGUCCUGGUGACUAUAGUGACUCUUUAAGAAUUGUAUUUUUGUUGUUGAAAAUAAAGUUUUGUAAGUGGCUCAUAGAUUCAAAGCAAAUUUGUCAAGCCCUGUACUAAACGACUGCGUCUUUGACCGUGUUGGAAUUUCAUUAAUUCAAAUGAAAUUUUGAACUGAAGGAAUUGUACAAAUUUCAUCCUAAUCCAGAUAAAUAAACUGUACUCAUUCUGGUUUUUUUUUUUUUGGUUUUUUUUUUAUUGGUUUUUUUUAAAUCCUGUGAAUUCGCCGGCACCCUGUCUAAAUGACAGGACUUUCCAAUGGCGAAUGAAGCAAUGUGAGAACACAGGAGAAGAGGUAAGUAUUGUGGGGAAAUUUUUUUGAUAUGGAGCGGACUUGAGCUCCUUCUUUGGUGAAAGAACGUCAAGCGUAGGAAAAAUACAUAAGACAAAGUAGUCCUUAUUUUGUCUUAUGUUUUAAAGAGAACUAGAUCAGAAAGGACAAAAAGAACAGAUUCUGAGAGAGGAAGAGAAGAGGAAUCAACAGGAGAAAGGUAAGUACGGCGUGAUAGUGCCGCUUUAAUGACACAGAAAAAGGUAUUGUGUUUUGUGUGAUUGCUGUUUGUCUUUACAACUAGCCUGUAGGUUUUUCUUUGUUUCUUCCCACAAUACUAGUUUUGUUGUUUCCUUGUCGAUUUACAAGUACUUUUUCCUAGCCUAAAUCACAUGAUUUAUCUAUUCUAGCACAACAGAUGGUAGUGUUUGGUAGAAUGCACUCAUCCACCCCAUAAAGGUUGAAAGAGGUCAUUUGAAAUUUUGUGCCCAGACAACAAUGUAGCACAAGAAAUAUAAAGGCCUUAUAGUGGGAAGCUCAUGAAUAAUUUCUCAUCCGCAAACAAACCUCUCCUUUCUAGACUGUUGUGGCUACGUGGGACUUAAUCUCCUAGGGGGUUCAUAUGGGAAGCUGAAAGCAAAUUCUGUCUACUAAUAUGUCCUAGGAUAUUUUAUUAUUUAUAUUUUAUUAGAGUACUCUUAUCCAAAGGAAUUUCUCAAUCUAUACUUUGUCUAACAGGAGCCUGUAACACUGCCUGUUAAUGUGCUGGUCUAGCUGUUCAUUUUAUUUUUCCCAAAGAGGAUUUAUUAUAAUUUGAGGAUGAAAAGUACAAAGUGGGAUUGGCACCAGCAUGUUUUAUGAACAAACAGAUUUUCUAAAGUUAAAAGGCUAACAUUCAACAAAACGUUUAUUUUUUUUUUCAUUAUAUAAGUUUCUUUGUCAGAUUUUAAUGAUGAAACAUAAUCAUUCCCUCAUACCCCCGUUAAUGUCCUCACAGAAAAAACAAAAGAGAAAUGCACAUGAAUACCAGCAGAGCCAGCAGCAAACGGAGUACAAUGCAAAUAAAUAAAAAUAUUGUAUUUACUGUUGCAAUUACUAAAAAAAAAUUUUUUUAAAAAAUCAAGUUUAAAUUAAUGUUUCCUUUUAAAGGAACUCCUGUUUUAAGUUGCUUUCUUUCUUAUAUUAUCACUAAUUGCAAAUUAGCAAACCUACAUCGAGAUUCUGCAUUUACCCUUUGUAAUGUACCCAGAUGGGCAAACCUUCAGCUGAAACAAUUACAUUUACACUACUGUGGCUGCCUUUUGGCAUUUAGUGAAUAGUAUUUUCAACAUAAAGCUUGCUGAAAACGCAGGCAUCAACUACAGCCCAUCUAUAACCUCAUCUCUACUGUGUAACGUUAUCCUGGCUUUCCACGCUCAAAUGUUAUGAAGGAUUUGAACAUAAUCCGUUUUAAAGAAAGUAACAAGAUUGUUUUUUGUUUUGGGGUUUUUUUUUUUUGUUUUUUGUUUUUUUAUUACUGGCAAAUAAACUGGUUUUGUUUUUAUUUGCAGUGCUCCGGUGAGACUAUUUCUUUGUUUGGAUGAGCCCCCUGGACCUUUUGAUAGUUUGGAAGAGAGCAGAGUAAGUCAUUUUUAUUUUAUUUAUGUUAAGAAAGCAAGUACUUUCUAUUCGAUACAAUAACGUGCACUAAUAAAUCACAUCUUUGCAAGUGACAGCUCUGUUUGCAAUGCAGGCAUUUUGUGAAACUCUGGAAGAAACAAAUUACAGGCUGCAAAGAGAUCUCUUAGACAAACAGAAUGAGUUGGAUGAGCUAAAGAAACUACUAAAUGAGAAGAACUUACACAUCCAAGCAUUAGAAUCUCGGAUACAGUGAGUGAUUCAUUUUCAAAGGGGGAAUAUAAAAUCCAAUAUAUUUUUUUUGUUGCAGUAAUGAAAGGAGGAUUGCUGUAAACUUCCUGGAAUAGUUAUCCAGAGAUAAACGUGUCCUUUUUGAUCUGUGUAAGAUCUGCUUUUUAAAAAAGCAUAAUGAUAUAUUGACAUUAAAAGAAGUGCUGGUUUUGAUUCAAACAGGAAGUGACACGAGUACUAUUUAUCCAUUGUGGACAGUUCCUGUUCUCCCACUGAGGUUUAACAAUUAAUGAAAUGCAUUGGUUUGUUUAAUCAAUGUUUUCUUUGUUUCAAUAUUGAUAGCUUUGAGAACCUACUUUUGCAUUCCUGUGAGAGACUGGAUCACUUCUUUUCAUUAGUACAGCUGUACCUUGAUUUUAAUUGCACGUUGAAGCAUAUAAAUGCGUUUAUUUUUAACCUUGAUGCUUAACUAUAAUAAGCUAGAUUAACACACCUGCCCCCACACCCCCAUUUACAAUAGAAUCAUUUAAUUGUACCUGCCAUCCUAUGCUUUCCAACCAUCCUGAUUUCAGCAGGAUAGUCCUGUUCUGCCUACCUGACUUCUCAGAGUAAUCAAACCAGUGAAGUCAUUAGAAUAAUUACUUUUGUCCAAUCCAGUACUUCUCAUACAGAUAAAUUAGAGGCCUAAGGUGCUUGCCAAGCAAUUGCCGCCUAGUAGUUUCAAUGCUUAGAAUGUCUCUUUAAUGUGUUAAGACUAAACUAUGUGUAAUCGGAGCAGAGAAAUCCCACAGACACUAAGUCAAUAGUCAGUGGCUAAUGAUGUUAUAUGCCGUAAAUUCUCGAGCAGCAUUUAUGGUAUGCAUAUGAAAACCAGUAUUUAGAAUGUGGUAAUUCCCUAUAAUUGCAAAUGAGCUCUAUAGAAUAUUAUUACAAAAAAUAAGAUAAGCUUGUUUUUUCCACUUCAAAUGUACACCAUGUUUCUGUAGCCUAACUGUACAAGAUGCAUGUCUACACCACAUCUAUCCAUGUAACGUUAAGCAAUGAGGCUUUACAAUUUUGAUCAAAUAUACCUGUGCACAUUUUUUUUUUUUUUUUUGGUGUUUGGAACGUGUCUUUACAGUCUGUGUAAUUCUCUGGUUCUAGUAUGUCAGCACUUGAGUGAGGAUGUGUUAUCUUAAUAUUGUUUUAUUAUGUUUGCAUGUAGUGUUUUGUUUGUAUUCUUAGAAUUAAGUUAUCUUUAACUAUUGGUACAGUUCUUCACUAUCCUCCUCAGUGUCUUUCUGCAUGUCUUUUGUGAUAAAUCGGUAGCUUUCUACCUAUCUCUGGUUCUUGUGUUUAGAAACACGUGAUCAGUUUGUCUGCCAUAAUACAAACGAUAAGGACAAAUUUGAACAGUAUACAUUAGAAGUGGAGAGCAGCAGAAACAAAAAAAUAGAUAUCUAGGUGUGUGUGUGUGUGUGUGUGUGUGUAUAUAUAUAUAUAUAUAUAUAUAUUUGUUUUUAUUUCACCAAUGAGCAUAGUUGUCUUUUUUCAUUUCUAAAUGUGAAAUAAACUCUUGCAGGGAAAUGUCUGGAGGGCAAAGGAGCACACGCAGGCUUUCUGGUGAGGAGAGCGAGUGUAGUGGAGAAGUGGAAUCAUCCGCCAUAGAAGCAGACCAGACUGCGUCAGACAACUGGUACUUGCAUUGACCUAUAUUCCUAUAAGUGUGUGUGUGUAUGUGUGUGUGUGUGUAAGAAUAUAUAUUUUCUAUAUGUAAACAUAAAUUUAAGCUUGAUAAAAGGGUUAGCCAAGCUCUCAUGUUUUGAAGUGGUCAUAGUACUUGGAGCCUGUAUGUUCAGUUUGAAUGCACUUUGCUGCUUUUUAACUCCACCUCCAGCAGUGUCAUUAGCCAGCCAUUACGUGAGGUCUGGGCUGGCUAAUUUUAAAUCUUUGCACUUGUCUGUCAUCACAACGCAUAGCAUGCUGGCAACAGAUAACAAUGGCAACACAGAUAUCCUCCAUGUUGCCCAGGUAAUCUUUUCAACCAAUCCUCCAGAACACCUUCCCCUCCACCAUCAAGGAGUGAUGUCACCAGAGGAGUGGAUUACAGGUAGGUUUUUCUCUUAUAAAGUUCCAAAAAAAAUUAUAGAACACUGGGCUUCAAAUGCAAUAGAAAGAGGGCGAAUGAAAAAGUUCUUGGUGGUCUGGAACUUGGUUGUGCUAUACUGUGUUGUUUUUUUGUGGUUUUUUUUUUUAAAUAAUGUAAUAAACCAUUAACAUUUUUUUUUUUAUUUAUUGUUUUUUCCACCAGCUCUUCUAAGGACAGCCAAGAAAAUUGUUGGGUUGAGACUCUACAUGGUGAACUUAUCCCAGAGAUUGAAGUAGCAGAGGUAGCAGAUCCUGAUGAAGAUGUCUGAUUGACCUGUACAGUGCCUAGACUCAUGUUAACGUUCUGCGAGUCUCCGUAAUUGUUGCCAUGCACUAGAGCCUUCACACAAACUCUCACUUAUGCAAAUACAGGAAGUUUACAUGUUCAAGAAAUUACAAAAUGAACCCCACCCUUUGCUGCUUUAGGAUAAUUUUGUUGGAAAUCAAAUAUUAAAUCUGGGUGUAGGAGUCACUGAUGCCAGUUGAAAUCACCAAGUAAGGUCUUUAAAUGAGUGGUGUAAAUGGUAUAGUAUACAUGUUUAAAGCCUAUUCGAUUCCAUCUAAAUGGAAUUAUUUCAUGCACUUUUGACAAAGAAUUUCUAUGAAUGACAUUGUUGCCACCAGAGAAUACAUCAUGUUGCCAAGACAGUGGUUCUCUCUUUUAUACACAGAAUUGCACGUUACAUGCUAAAGUCUGUGCCAGUCUACUAGCAUCUGUUAAGAUCAUUCUAACAUAUUCAAAACUACAUGACACUCUGUGGCUAGACGUGUGUCCACAAGUGUACAACUGUCUUGCAAUUUUUAAUUGGGAAACUGUGCUUUUUCUACAUUUCUUUGGAAUAUUUAGUGAAUCUCUUAAUAUCUUCCAAACAGAAUUAGUUAUACCAAUAUACUGUCUGCAGCAGCCAUAGUUAAGCUGGUGUUCUCUGAGUAAGCAAGGUUAGCAAUCAACCACCCCCUGCCGUCCGGACUGAAGCAAAGCUCAGUCUGGAUUGUGUAUACCUCUCAUUAAUUCAUGUUUUUAGAAAUCGUUAUGUAUAUGCAUUUUCCAAUAUUUUAAUGAAUUAAUGUAAGGCGACGACGUACCAAAUUACAGAGUAUUUAUAAAUGAAGUGUAUGGAAAUCUGUAUUUGUUAUUCUUUUUAUAUGAAGCAAGAAAACAGCCAAUUAUGUGUGUAAAAAAAAAAAUAUAUAUAUAUAUAAUAUAUUGUAUACAGAAUGUAAGUCACAAAUGCAAAUAUUUGCAAUAACAAAUGUAGGCUAAUUUUUGUGCGUGCUGGGAUAUAUCAUUUCAUACAGCUAGGUGGCCUACCAUUUUGAGAAAAGAAACACGUAUAACUGAUUAUUUUUCCCCCUCCUUUGUAUUCUUCAUAAGAACCGUAGUAAUAUGCUUGACCAUACUUAGCAGGUCUUUUAUGGUGCGAGAGCAGUUCAUUUUGGAGGGGGGGGGAGGGUUAUUAUAGGAAGCUUUUGAUGUUGUUUUAUAGGCAAUAGUCUGGGUGCUCUCCUCUGAGUGAAUGCAAGAGUGGUACAGCAUACCUGUUUUUAAAAUACUCUUUGGGUGAAGAAAAGUUUGUUUAUUCAGGGUUCUUCCUACCAGAGUCUUCGAAAUCUAAAGGGGUACUUAGUAAAUCUGCCAAAAUGAUGGAACCCCUAACUGCUCUACAUUUGCUCAUGUAAAACAUCUGCAGUGUUAAGGAUUAAUAGGAGAGCUGUGUAUAUAACAACUUCUGACGAUGCACUUUUAGGGGUUAAUAUUUUUUUUUUUAAAUGGUGGCAACAAAAUGUGUAUAUCAAUAUCUGUGGGGGAAAACAAUUGGAUUGUCUAUAAUUAAAGUUUGGGGUUUUUGUUUGUUUUUUGUUAACUUUAAUUAAAGAUGGGAGUUUCAAACAACUUAUUCCAAUUAAUAAACACAAUUCCUGACAGGUAUUUCAAUACAUUACCUUUCAGCAGUUGCACCUACUUGUCUAGUUAACAUUUCUGACAGUUCGGCCGGAUCACCUUUUUUGGAAGUAUUUGUUUAACUCAUAGCUGGAUCUUAUCAAUAAUGUCAUAAACCCCUGUGUAACUGAUUUCUGUUAGAGUGCCUAACCAUCUGUGUUUUUUGGUUUUUGUUUAGUUUUUUUUUACUUUUUAUUAAAGGGAUUAUAAAACCUUAAAUUGAUUCAUGUCGACUUCAUCUUAUACCUGCAUCCAAAGAUAAACCAAUAUUUUUAUGUGUAUUGAAGCCUUGCAUUUCAGUA